AUGCCUACCUGCUUUCUUGGUUUUAUUCCUUUAAAACAACCAACAAAGGCACGUAGGCACGAGACAUUAGUCAGCAGAUGUAUGUGUGCACCGCGCAACGUCACAGGCUCUCAAUUUUAA